AGCACAUGAAAAUGUGCAGAAUAGUGGAGUGAAAUAUAAGGAUGUCUUUAAACUGUCUUUUCUAAAAUAAGAGAAGGGGGCUGGGGAUAUAGCUUAGUGGCAGUGCACUUGCCAACCAUACACAAAGCCCUGGGCCUGGUUCUCAGCACCGCCAAAAAUAAAAAUAAGGGAAGGGAGGAGAGGAAAGAAAACUAUGCCAAAGAAUAGGUUAGAAAGCCCAAAAUGAGAUGGCAGACUUGAACCCAAAUAUGUUGCAAGUUCUAUUAUACUAAUGUAGUCAGUUAGAAGACUUCAAGGACAGCAUGGAUGCCACAAAUAAUCUUAAAUAGCGUCUUUCCUCAAAUCCACUCACUUCUCCCACAUAUGGGACAAGUAGCAGUCCUUACUUGAUGAUGCAAAGCCACCCAUUGUGACCACAGGUGAGUGUUCCUCGGCAUCACAGUGUAUCCUUUCCCUCCAAGUCAAAGGGUGCCAUAUACCUUCUCCACCUUCCAGUGUGGCUGCUGUGGGUUUGCGCCCUCACCUCUGCUUUAUAUAUCUCUUCUACACCACGCACUAAUUGCUAACUCUGUCCUCCUGUGAGCGUCUGUGACAGAGCCAACAGAGUUCCGAGGGCCACCAGUGGGCAGAGGACAGACAGUUCUAAAUUUCUUACAAAAGCCCUCUACUGGAAGAUGUAUUUCCUUUAGACUCUGGGCAUUGGGAUACUCAACUUCAAGGACUUCUCAUGGAUCCAGAGGUCUUAGAAAUUUGUCCUUACAAUCCUCACCACCAAAUUCCACUCAGCAGAUUACAGUACCACCUGGCAUCUUGCAAGAGAAAGAACCCCAAGAAAGCCAAGAAGAUGGCCAGCUGCAAAUACAACGCCUGCCACGUGGUCCCCAUCAAAAAGCUGGAGGAACACGAGGCUGCCUGUGUCAACAGGAGCCCGGUGGAGGAAGAGGACGGCACAAGCCCUCUGGAGGUUACCCUUCCCCAUCCGGAGCAGAAUGCUGAAGGCCCGCAGGUCUCCCCAGGGCUUUCCACCUCCGAUAUCUGGAAUGUUGAUGACGCUGACAACCAACCUAAAUUUGUCCUUCAGACUUUCACUCCCCAAAAGCUUGUUUGUGAAAGUGACACGAGAGAGUCAGAAAGAGAGGAGACCAACUCCCAGAAGAUCCUCGGACCGGGAAAGUAACCCACCAGCAGGAGGAGGGUCUCAGAAAGGCAUGGAAAAAUAGGCCGCUCAUCAGAAUA